CAGUCUCUCUCCCUCUCUCUCUCUCCUCAAAGGCUGUUCCACAGUGAAAAUAUGCUCAGUGCAGCUGAGUGCAUGAAUGAAAAAGCCUCCAGUAUCUUCUAGGCUUGCAAAAUGCAGCACAACACUCAACUCAGCUUGGCUUUCCUCCUGUCCCAGGUGCUGCUGCUUGCGUUCACGGAAGAUUUGGAAUGUGUCCCUGGAUUCCAACAAAAGGUUUUUCAUAUUCAACAUCCACCUGCAUUCAUGGCAGACCAGCCAAUUCUGAAUUUGGUAUUUGAUGAUUGUCAAGGAAAUCACAAACUGAACUUUGAAGUUUCAAAUCCAGACUUCAAAGUGGAACCUAAUGGGGUUUUAAUUGCACUGAGAAAUUUAUCGGACACUGGCAGAGCCUUAUCCAUCCAUGCCCGGUCAGCUCAAGCUGAAGAUACAGCCCAAGUACUGAUUGCCAACAGAAAAGAGAAACAAGGUUCUUUAAAGGAAAUCUUUAAGGCAGAAGGCAGCCUUGGAACUGUAAGGCAAAGAAGGUCUAUUGUGGCAACUCCAAUCAUAAUUUCUGAAAAUCAGAGACCUCCCUUUCCAAGGCAUGUGGGCAAGGUAAUAUAUAAUGACAGACCAGAGGGCUCCAAAUUCCGAAUUUUUGGAAAAGGAGUGGAACAGGAGCCAAAGGGAGCUUUCAGAAUUGUGGAGAGCACAGGAGAGGUCCUUGUGACACGGCCACUUGACAGAGAAGCAAUUGCCACGUACCAGCUCCAGGUGGAGAUCACCGAUGUCAGUGGCAAAAGCAUAGAAGGCCCAGUCCCUCUAGAUAUCAUCAUUAUUGACCAGAAUGACAACAGGCCUCUUUUCCUGGGAGGGCCAUAUACUGGCCAUGUUAUGGAAGGGUCUCCUACAGGAAGCACUGUGAUGCGUGUGACUGCCUUUGAUGCUGAUGACCCAGCUACAGACAAUGCUCUGCUGAGGUAUAAUAUCCUUAAGCAGACUCCGGACAAGCCAUCACCAAACAUGUUCUAUAUCGACCCAGAGAAAGGAGACAUUGUCACAGUUGUGUCGCCAGUCUUGCUGGACCGCGAAACGAUGGAGAAUCCGAUGUAUGAGCUAAUCAUAGAAGCGAAGGACAUGGGAAGCCUGGAUGCUGGGUUAACCGGCACCACCACAGCAACCAUUGUUGUUGAUGACAAAAAUGAUCAUGCACCAGAAUUCACCAAGAAAGAGUUCCAAGCCACGGUGAAGGAAGGCAGCACGGGCGUGAUCGUCAAUUUAACGGUGAAAGAUCAGGAUGACCCUGAAACAGGAGCAUGGCGAGCAGUUUAUACCAUCAUCAAUGGCAACCCAGGGCAGAGCUUUGAAAUCUGCACCAAUCCCAAAAACAACGAAGGGAUGCUAUUGGUUGUAAAGCCUUUGGACUAUGAGAUUUCUGCUUUCCACACACUCCUGAUCAAAGUAGAAAAUGAAGAUCCGUUGGUUCCAGACAUAGCAUAUGACACCAGUUCCACAGCAACCGUUCAGAUCACAGUUCUGGAUGUCAAUGAAGCCCCCGUUUUCCACCCAGACCCAAUGACUGUCACCAAACAAGAAAAUAUCCCCAUUGGCAGUGUUGUGUUAACAGUCAAUGCCACAGAUCCUGAUACCUUGCAACACCAGACUAUAAGAUACUCCAUCAACAAGGAUCCAGCUGAAUGGUUGGAAAUUAACCCUACAAAUGGCACCAUUCGCACCAGGGGUAUCCUUGAUCGUGAAUCACCCCUUGUUAUCAACAAUGUGUACACUGCACACUUACUGGCAAUAGACAAUGGUAGCCCUCCUGCAACAGGGACAGGGACACUGCAGAUUACUUUGGAGGAUGUUAAUGACAACGCCCCCUCUCUGUAUCAAGUGGCGUCAGCUGUAUGUGAAGAUGCAAAAGAUGUGAAGGUCAUUUUUGGAGCCUUAGAUAAGGAUGUUUACCCUAAUGCAGAGCCAUUCAAAUUUGAGUUGAGCAAGCAAUCUGGACAAGAUAAAGUAUGGAAAAUCACCAGAAUCAACAGCACCCACGCCCAGGUCACUCUGCCACAAAACUUGAAGAAGGCCAAUUACAACAUCCCCAUCUUGGUGGCUGACGCAGGGAAACCUCCUCUAAUUAACAAUACAGAACUGAAAAUCCAAGUGUGCUCCUGCACAAAAUACAAAAUGGACUGCAGCGCAUCUUCCGCCCUUCACAUCAGCAUGGUCCUAAUCUUCAUUUCACUCUUCAGUUUAUAUGGUCUGUAACAACUCCUGACAUUUAAAGCUGACAUUAUCGAGUUGCCAUGGUGACAGCAAGCAAAGGAUAUACCAUCUCAGUCAGAAGAUCACCUUUGACUCUUAUGAUACUUUCACUCCUAAGUCUUGGUUGCUCCAGAUGUGGCACUUUACAACUUCACUAUCUUCCCAGCUGCACGAUACUUUUCUGACAAAACCUCCAGCCUUGCUCUGGCUUUACCAAUGGAUCCCUCAUUCAAGACUGAUGGCUGACACAGUCGCUCGCUGAAUGGUUGAAAAAUUAAACACCACCAACGACACAUACACCAGAUCUUCUGGGAGCAGAAUGACAGAAUGACUCCACUUUCCCCCUUCUCUCUGUUGACUUGUUGCUAUUCAACUGUUUUAAAAACAAUUGUCUGUGGGUUGGUAUUUGUAUAUGUAUGAGUGUAUGUAUAUGUAUAUAUAUUUAUAUAGAGAGAAAAGAUAUACAAUAGGGUUAGCUUUUGUAUGGCAUUCCCCUUAGGCUUGUGGUCAAUGGGGCAAAGCAGCACAGAGGUGUGGUAACAGAACAGACACCAGUAAUUGCUCAACACACUGUAGAAGCUACAUAUAGAGGGUUAUAUCCAAUAUUAGUCAUGCACAGAGUAGACCCAUUGUAAUCAAUGGGCUUACAUUCGAUUGAUUUCAGUGGUUCUGCUCUGAAUGAAAGGGCCUAAGUUACUCAAGUCCAUUGGGUUGCAUCCAACUGACAGUAGACCCACUGAAAUGAAUGAACUUAAGUUAGUCAUGCCUACUAACUUCUGUAAGUCUACUCUGAGUACCACUAGCCUUGAAUGACAUCCACUGAUUUCAAUGGGUCUACUCCAAAUAUGAGUAAUAUUGGAUGUCACCAACAACUAUUCAAUGAAAAGGAGAGCGCAUAAUGUGGUGGUACCAUGAGAAACCAUCACCACAGUGGCAUCCACUUAAAAAAAAAGUCCUGUACCAUUCUACAAAAUGUAAUGUACUUUAUGUUCAUUCAUCCUUGCUGUUUACAUUCAAGAAAUAUUUUAUUCUUUCAGCAGCCUGUAAGAAAGGAAAAGGCAACACUUAACAGUGUUCCCGGGAAAGAAAAGGAAAGUGUAGGUCCUGCUGAUGGAUCAUCUAUUUAGAUAUUUCUGAUUUUUUUAAAAAAAGAAUAGUAUCUAUUUUAUUUAUUUGUCAUUUUUAUACUUCCCCAAAGGAAGCCAACAGUGUACAAUAAUAUAUUAAUCUUUUUUUAAAAAAUAAAACAAUAAGAACAGCAGCAGCUACUAUCUCUCUAACACCAGUCAUACCCCCAAAGACUUGGACAAAUAGGUGGGUUUUUUAUCUUUCUUUCAAAAAUUGCACCUGAGCAUAGCUGGAGUGGAGGACAUCCUGAUUUCACCCAGGAAAGAAUUCUAUAGGCAGAAUGACAACACUGAGUGAUUUCGAGAAUUGAGAUGAUAUGAUCCUUCUGGGCACCAGAAGGAGAAUGAAAAGCAGUGAGACAGGAGCAUUAAAAAUCACCGUGAUCCUCAAAACACUACACUAGUGGCCAGUCAAUGGAGAUUGGUGGCUGUGAUGUCAGUGGGACAGUGAAUCUGCUCCAGGUUUUAGUGAGAACUUUGAAGGAGCUGCCCAAGGUGCUUAAACCUGCUCCCAAACAUAUUCAGCACCUUGGACAGCUCCUUCAAAGUUCACACUAAAAUCCAAAAUGGAUUCACUGCUCCACUGAUAUCAGAGCCACUAGCUUCCACUGCUGCCAGUGAAUAUUUGACUGAACUCCAAGUUGUUGCAUAAACCCCUGAAUGACUUGAGAACCAAGUACUCUCUCUCAACAUCUUUGAAAGCUAGCUCUCUCUAAAGUGACAUUUGAGCACACCUGAGGGAGGGGGAUGGAAGUUCUUAUAUAAAUAUAUACAUAUAUAUAAAAUUUGUUUUGAAUAUAGUAUAUAUACAUACAUACACAGGUACACACACAGUUUAAACAAAAACUAACAAGAACUCUCUUUUUUUUCUUUUGGUGUGUGCAAAAUAACCACACUUGUUUGCAAACUAUAGGAAUAAAGGGUAUUCAUUAUGUAUGAAUAUGAAUCCUUUUUUAAAAAAAAUAUUAUUCGGUGAGCAUGUAAGGAAAUGGCAAACUUCUAACUGUAUCAAGAUGACCAUCUUGUGAAUAAAUUGUAAAUGAUCCACAAAGCUCACACCAAAUUUUUUUUAUAAUGAAGGAAAUAUCAGCAAAAAAAAGUAUAUUGAAGUGACAGAGUGUGGCUUUUAAUAGAAUUUGACAGUAACUAGGGGUAAGGUAAGUGUCUUAGACUCUUUUAAUAAAGUUGCUUAUUUAAA